AUGGAGAACUCAAAUCAAACAACUGUGAACAGGUUCAUCCUUCUUGGCCUCACCAAUAUCCCAUAUGUACAGGCUCCAUGUGUUGUAAUGUUCCUGAUAAUUUAUAUCAUCACAUUGUCUGCAAACCUUUUACUUAUACUUAUGGUGAAAAUUAAUCCUCAACUACAUACCCCAAUGUACUUUUUUCUAAGCAACCUCUCCAUCAUUGAUAUCUUCCUCUCUUCCACCAUAGUCCCCAAAACCAUGGUAAUCACCCUAUCUCAGGAUAAAAGUAUUUCCCUGUUGGAUUGUGCUGCUCAGAUGUUCUUCAGUUUAGCAUUUGGAGCAACUGAGUGUAUUAUUUUGGCUGUUAUGGCCUAUGACAGAUAUGCUGCCAUCAAUAAACCAUUACACUAUAACUCAAUCGUGAAUAGGAAUUUUUGCAUAAGUAUGGCUGCUGGAUCCUGGUUAAUCAGCUUUAUAAAUGCUGCCAUUCAUGUUUAUCUCACAUUUCAGUUGCCUUUUUGCAGAUCCCACCACGUCAACCAUUUCUUCUGUGAGAUACCUCCUUUCUUUCAGCUGUCUUGUCGAGAUACGUAUCUCAAUAAGGUAAAAGUGUACAUAUCAGCUGGUAUAAUAGGUGCAUGUUCAUUCAUUUUGACUCUUGUUUCAUACAUUCACAUAAUUUCCACUAUACUUAAUAUCCAUUCCAUUGCUGGAAGGCAUAAAGCUUUCUCUACUUGUGCAUCCCAUCUAACAGUGGUCUCUCUAUACUAUGGCACCACCCUAUUCAUGUAUUUGCGUCCUCACUCAGCCUAUUCUCCAAAGUCUGAUAAGACAGUAUCCAUUAUUUACACAGCUGUGACACCAAUGCUGAAUCCUAUUAUCUACAGCAUAAGGAACAAACAUGUAAAAAACACAAUUAGAAAAAAGAUGAAUGAACUAAUGCCUUAG